CUUUCUCCCCCACCUCUGUCCUUAGUACCCAAGUCUCAUAUUCUUUGUUUAUCGUCGAGUUAGCUUGACUUCUCAUCCACUUUGAUACCCCGUCUACUCGAAUGGAUCAACCUUGAGACGGUCUCGUGUCAAAGUCUCAACGUUCAUUGAACCAAACCCUAUCUACCUCGUAGCUCAAAUUUGAGGUUUCUGGGAAAGCAUAUCUAAUCCGUCUUGCCACUUCAUGUUACCUGAAUGACGGAAAGGUCCCCCGAAGUUCUGGCAACCGCCAACCUGAUUCCAAUAUCUCCGGCACCUGUUCAUCCAUCUUCUCCUGUAGUAGUGCCAACCCUGCAAGAUCAGGCCGAUACAUUGUCCAACAUGUCGCUUUCCAGCAGCGGCCAAAACGGCCCAACAUAUACAGCUACUCCGGCCUCUUUGACAGCUCUGGAACAAACAGGUGCUAGGAUUGAAAACGGCAUGAACGCAACCAACGGCCAAUAUGAUAGCCAUGAUGUCGACGAAGCUGCUAGCUCAGACAAUGAUAGUCUCUAUGGCGAUGUCGUCGGCAAUGGCAAAAUUGAGGGUCAGGAAGAUGGCACGUCCUUAAUCAAAGAUAAAGAUGGAAAUGCCCAGCAUUCUGGUCAACACGACGGUACUGCUGAGGUCCUACAAGAUGUAUCCAAGAACAACGAAUCCACUCUUAGUUCUGAUACGUCUCAGUCCCUGACUUACUACUCUGAAGCCGCCUCUCGUUCACAUGACAUCUCCACACAUACUACCCAAGAUGUACACCAACAUGUUCCAAUCUCGAACCCAACAGAGGCCCAACAGCCACUAAAGCCACGAGAGGAACAGUCUGUAAACGCGUCGUCAACAGAUGCAGACCAGCCACCCAUCACAGCCGCUACUGAGAACAGUGAUCAUCCAUCGAGUGCUGUUAAUGAUGAGACUGAUAUCCAAAGCCUUGUCGAUAAAAUCAUAGGAAAUGCUUCUGCAGAUGAUACCGACCAAAUCUCGACAUCGCAGAGUUCUGCCCAUCGUACUGCUCCCCCCCAAGCAGUCUCCCUUCCUCCUAGACCCCCGAUGCCCCAACAGCCCACUCAGUCCUAUGUGCGCCCAGAAGAAACUCCCAGCUAUCAGCCAGCAAGCUCUUACUCCAAUGCCACCAUGGCUAUGUCCAAUAUUCCACCGCCCCCGGGCACUUAUCCCAUUGGGGCUCCUGGAACCGCUCCAGACCGUCGUGAUACUCUUCCACCUCCUCCAUCUUCUUCCUAUGCUACCUUCCCUGCUCAUUCUCUUCCAGUAGCACAUUUUGACAACUCUUAUAACGUAGCCGCAACAGCAGCGCCCACACAACUCCAGACUGCUGAGCCAUCCCAGCCAUGGGAAACCUUUCUCCAAGAAGAACGUCAAUACGUAUCAGAAGCUAAAUGGGAUCGCUUUCCAGAGGGAUCUAGACUAUUCAUUGGAAACCUAUCCAGCGACCGGGUUACCAAGAAAGAAGUCUUUGACAUCUUCUCUGAGUUCGGACGCCUUGCACAAAUUUCUCUCAAGCAGGCAUAUGGCUUUGUGCAGUACCACACCCUAGCGGAGGGCGAAGCUGCAAUGGACCACUUACAGGGUAUAGAAGUCAGAGGUCGCAAGAUCCAUCUAGAAUUCUCUCGUACUCAAAAGAAGGACGGAGAUGGAGAGAGGCGUGGCAACAAAGGCAAAAGGGACAGCGACCGCCAUGAUAGCAAUCGCCGACGCGACGAUUAUCGUCCCAGUCGACAACCCUCUCCCAAACGAGGAGGCCACCGUCAACAAAUGUCUCCCAGUAGUGGCCGAGGCUAUUACGAUGACUAUAGCCCUCGUGGCCGUUCCAGAUCACCAGAUUAUGGAAGACGCGACUCGGACCAUUACCGACGUCGAAGUCGCAGUCCUCAUCGCCGCCAUAUAUCUGAGCCAGAUGUUGACAUCCCCCGUCGAUAUGGUGGAGAAGUUCCCGACGUUCAAUUCUUGUUAUUGCAAGAAGUCGAUCGAGACUUUGUGAGUUGGGUAGAGCGAACCUUCGUCAGCCAGGGUUUAAGGGUUCAAGUCAUGUUUCUUCAUCCUCAUUUUCCUCGCGACGCUGUCAUUCAACGUCAAGUGAUGGAAGGUGUUCAUGCGGUUGCUGAACUUGAUUUUCGGGCGCAGCAAACCGCGACCAUCUCACUACAGGUGUUUAAUCGCUCUGCUGGGCGUGACAAUGUUCAGUAUGACCAAUAUCAGGAUCUAGAUCCCAACAUUGCUGCACAGCUUGUGGCUCGUGCCAAAUCGCAGGUUCCACUACAACCUCCCUAUGGCGUACAGUACCCACCAGCCUACUACCCACCUCCUGCCCAACCUCCGUAUUUACCACCAUCUUACCCAGUGCAGCCUUACCCAAGCGCUGGCAUUCCACCCCCUCCUAGCAACUCGGGCAGCUCCUUGGACAAUGCCACAUUGCAAAGGAUCUUAGGAACUCUCCACAACCAACAAGCCCCCCCACAAAGUCACAGUUAUGGUCAACCCGUGGGAGGUGCUCCAGUCGAUAUGAAUGGGAUGCUGGGUACCAUGGGGAGAAGUAGCCAUGUGACCGCCCCUGGACCGAAUUCACACCACAGCCGAGGUUAUCCGUCGGGCCCUAUGAACGGCGCCCCAAAUAGUGGCAGCGGUGAAUCCGCACAACAUGUACAGAAUAUCAUGGCACAGCUGGCCAGAUACCGCCAGUGAACUAUUAACUGGUACCUAUCUUGGGAGCAAGUCAUUAGAAACCCCACCCAAUCACAAAUCUCUUUGCGUGGGUAAAGGGUGCCAUGUGAACUUGGGGUUCUUAGGGUUAAUACUC